UCUCCUCUCCCAACAAAGGAAGCGACGUCCAUUUUGAAUUGUGGCUUUGCGACGCGCGAACCUCGUCGUUUAACCAUCCACAUCUUCCGCUUAUCUUAAAACAAAAACAAAGCGAAAAUGGCCGACAGUAACGCACCAGAAGCGGAAUCCGGCAACCCCCCACAACAGCAAUCCACCCCGACGCGCGGGGGCGGCAUGGGCGGCUUCAGAGGCAGAGGCGGGCCCGGAGGCCGCGGGGGCCCACGCGGGCGCGGCGGCUUCAUGCGGGGAAGGGGAGGACCUGGAGGACCUCCGGGACGCGGAGGGCCCAUGAUGAGAGGACGCGGCGGGCCCAGAGGGGCGCCUAGAGGCAGGUUCCCGCCCGGACCGGGUGAGUUUGAUACGUACUUCACAGGUGGCCCUCCCGGUGGCCCCGGCGGCGACUCACAAGGCCCGCGUGGUCCCCCCGGCGGUCCCCGCCCCCCCAUGGGCCGCGGAGGCCCUGGUGGUUUCAGAGGUAGAGGCAUGGGGGCGCCCAAGGGGCCCGGUGGACGCGGGGGAAUGGGCCGUGGGGGCGGCAUGGCGCCCCGGGGCCGAGGUUUCGGCGGUCCGCGAGGAGCCGGCGGCCGUGGCGGUUUCUUGGGGCAGAAGCGAACCCCAGGUCAAUUUGGUCAAGGAGGCGGGCCGGGACCGAAGAGGCCGAGGUUCGAAAAUGGCGGUUCCCAGAACGGAUUCGGACAAAAGUGGUUUAGUAGGCCGCAGGGUUACGGGAGCGGAGGUGGCUCUGGCGGAUACCAGCAGUCAUAUAAUUCACAGUCGUACGGACAAGGUCAAGGGUCGUAUGGACAGCAAGGUUCCGCCGGUGGAUACGGUAGUGGUGGUGGUUACGGCAAUUCAGGACAAUAUGAUGGUACGAGUUAUGUGGAGACGUAUCAGACAGGCAAUUCUGAUAACUAUGGAUCAUCAGGAUACAGUAGCGGCGGCGGUUCCGGCGCAGGAGGCUACAGCAGUCAGCAGGGUUAUGACGAUAGGAGUGGGGGAUACGGUGCUUCCGGAGGAUACGGUUCAACAAACCAGGCUAGACGGUUCUAAAAAAGCCAUCGUGUCUAAUAGUGUUUUAUUAUCAAUGUAUUUUGUCUUAUAAUUAUAAGUUAGUGUGAUUAAUAACUCAACAUAUAUUUUUUAUAUUUUGUAGUAAAUGUUUAGUUAAUAAGUUUUUAACAGUAUGAUGUUUGGAGAUUGUUUUCUUUCUUGGGAUCAUCUAUUUAUUUGAAAAGAAAAAGCAAAGAUCUCAUCAAAUCAACCGUAUCAGUGAGAACAGUUGCCCUUUUGAUGUGGACUUUAGUGAAAGGGGAAUUCAUUUUUGUAGUUUAAUCAGACAAUGUGUACAAUUAUUUAUUGAUGUGCAUAAAUAGUGUUGUAGUUUCCAGUCUUCUCGAAUCGAAAAAACCGGACAAAUUUUUAGAACAAAUUUGUGUUGGACUUGAAAAAUUAACCUUAAUUUUAAAAAUACCGCACCCAUUUUCUUGUACAUUAAACGGAACCAUUAAAUAAUAAAAUGUUUGAUAAGACACUCCUGUGCAAAUUUCUUAUCCCAUUUGACAAAGUCACGAGAUAACUGAAAGCCGAAGGCUUACACAGUCCGCACAAUUGAGUAAGUAUAACCUACCAAGUACGACAAUCUACAUUGUAGGUUUCAUUAUUUUCUUAUGAAUAACGACAUAACAGCUGUCUUCUUUGCAUGUACUGAAUUGUUCGUUUCGAAAACGAGACAGGAACCUUUGGAGAUAACAAUUAAUUAUCAUUAUUUGAAUUUACAGCUGUAAAAACCUCACGAAAGAGGUUGUUUAUUUAUAAAAAGUUGGUCGAGUGCCAAAAAUAUUUAAUUCAUCCCUGUUCAGAACAGUUUUAUUUGUCGAAGACCUAAAAUGAGAAGAAUUUUUUGUCCCCGUGCCCACAAUUGUGGCGCAAACAUUUGUCCAAAAAUUGGCUGCAAAUUUAUCUAAUAGCAAAAACGGACACGUUUUAGGUAAUGUAUUGAAAUUAAUAGUUUCCUUUCUGUAAUAGAACUUUCGAGUCUUUUUUUAUAAUUUCAAAAGUGCAUUGGACCGCAAAUCCGAGAACGACAAGUUCUUAGAAAAUUUACGAAACACAAAUUAAAAAAUCCAUAAUUAAAUGCACUCACAGGCUCAUAUUUCCGUAGUUAAUUUUUAAUUGUGUUCUGAUACGUCAGAGUUAGAUAUUUUAAAGUGUGUUUUUCGUCAAACUCUUCUGCGGGGGUUUAAAAUAUCUAACUUGGUCUUCGUGGGGAGUUUUGCUUACGCAAUUUUGUUUUUAGGAUGAACCAGUGACUAGCGCCACCAUUUCGAAGAUCGAAACAAGAAGUGCUAAAGAAGCAGGAAGUGUUAAAUGAGACAUAAGUUAUUUACGAAAUUUUGAAAAAAAAACUUGCAAUAAGAAAACUAUUUUGGUUGUUGUGAACGUGAUGAUUGUUGGCGAUUUUCUCGUUGCAAGGUUUUUCCAGACAGAGCACUAAUUUUUACAUUUCUUACAGUGAUACUAAUAAUUUUUCAGAUUCAGGACCAAGAGGAUAUUACUUUUCUGAAUAAAUAGUUUAUUGAUA